UACCAGCAAUCGCUUGCGUUGGAUAAAUGAAACGGAUUUGCCGAGAAAUUUACAAACGGUUGAUUUUCGUGCGAAUCCGCUUUCCAUAAUCAUGCCGAAAGCUCUGCGCGGCAUGACGAGAUUGCGAAAAUUAAUUCUAUCCGAUGUGCGUUCACUCAAGGUUUUCCCCGAUCUCGACGGCUGCUUCUCAUUGGAGGUUAUAAAAUUAGAUCGCGCCGGUAUCAAAGAAGUGCCCGCCAAUUUGUGUCGUCAAACACCAAGACUGAAAAGCUUAGAGCUAAAAACGAAUUCCUUAGUGCGCAUUCCCACUUUAGCCAAUUGCAGAGAAUUAAGACUGUUAGAUCUUUCGAGUAAUUACAUUGAGUCUCUUAGUGGGCGACCCUUCGCCGGCCUUAAACAACUCCACGAUUUGCUGCUCUCAUAUAAUCGCAUAAAAGCGAUACCUUACGAUGCCUUCUUCGGCAUACCACGUUUACAGUUGUUAGACUUAGAAGGUAAUGAGAUCACCGCCAUACACAAAGAAGCCUUUAUGCCUUUCGCCAAGUUGGAGGACCUAAAUUUGGGCAAUAAUAUUUUUCCCGAGCUGCCGUCGGCUGGCCUAGGCAAACUGCUGCAUUUAAAGACUUUCAACAAUCCGAAGCUGCGUGAGUUCCCUGCGCCAGACACGUUUCCACGCAUUCAAACGCUUAUACUUUCGUACGCCUACCAUUGCUGCCCUUUCAUACCGUUAGUGGCGAUGUCGGCGGCCAAGAAGCCCCCACUUGUACAAGAAGCUGUGCUCUUUCCAUCCGAUUCGGAGUUUGACAUGAGCUUGUGGAACAAUAGUAUGAUGGAUAUAUGGCCGCAGCUACAGAAUCUCAGCAAAAAGUUUGGCAAUCAAAUGCACGACAUUUGGGAUAAUUUCGGUCAGGACUUUAAUUAUCCCGGAAAUAUACCAACUUAUGUCGAGGAAUACUUCGAGGAAGACGGCACAGGCACGACGACGAGCUCAAUGAGCAUGAGCAGCAGUUUCGCCGGCUUCAGCAAUGGUCUCUUCGGCACGAUGGACAUUGACAUAGCACCAGGCUCCAUACAAUGUCUACCAAUGCCCGGUCCGUUUUUGCCCUGCUCCGAUCUCUUCGACUGGUGGACUUUGCGUUGUGGCAUUUGGGUUGUUUAUCUGCUGGCAUUGCUAGGUAACGGUACUGUUAUUAUAGUGCUGUUAUUCUCACGUUCGAAGAUGGAUGUGCCGCGCUUUCUGGUGUGCAACUUGGCUGCCGCAGAUUUCUUAAUGGGCAUUUAUCUCGGCACUUUGGCCAUUGUAGACGCUGCCACAUUGGGUGAGUUUCGCAAGUUUGCCAUUCCCUGGCAGAUGUCGCGAACGUGUCAGUUUUCUGGUUUCAUGGCAGUGCUGUCGUCAGAGUUGUCGGUUUACACGCUAGCGGUGAUUACCCUAGAGCGUAAUUAUGCGAUAACCCACGCGAUACAUCUCAAUAAGCGCCUAUCGCUGCAUCAGGCCUCAUAUAUCAUGGCUGCGGGUUGGACUUUUGCGCUAAUCAUGGCUACAUUGCCGUUGUUGGGCGUCUCCGACUAUCGAAAGUUUGCUGUGUGUCUGCCGUUCGAGACCACAACCGGCGUGGCUAGUUUGACGUAUGUCAUUGCGUUGAUGUUUAUUAACGGUUGCGCCUUCCUGACACUUAUGGGCUGCUAUUUGAAAAUGUACUGGGCCAUACGUGGCUCACAGGCCUGGAAUAGCAAUGACUCACGCAUAGCAAAACGAAUGGCUUUACUUGUCUUUACCGAUUUUCUUUGUUGGUCGCCCAUAGCUUUCUUUUCUAUCACUGCCAUAUUUGGUCUGCAACUAAUCACAUUGGAGCAGGCCAAGAUCUUCACCGUAUUCGUACUGCCAUUGAAUUCGUGCUGCAACCCUUUUCUCUAUGCCAUCAUGACGAAGCAAUUCAAGAAGGACUGCAUAACGCUGUGCAAACACUUUGAGGAGACGCGUGUUACGCGCGGUGCAGUUGCCGCCAACACAGCACUAGCCGGUGGACUGAGCCGGCGAGGCGGUGUGCGCAUGCCGAAAGAACUGCCGCCUUUGCUGCCCGCCACACAUCCGCCCGGUUGCCGUUGCUUGCGCAUGAUGCCCAAUGAAAUGCCGAAUUGGCAUAAAUUACAAGAGCGCGAUCAACGGCGUGACUCGUGGAUUUGCUUAACGUGGCAUCGCUUAGCAAUCUGCUGCCAUUGCACCGAUCCAGACGACGACGAUGACGUAUUGACACCAGAGCGACGCCGUCUCGACGGACGCCGGACACGUAAAGCGAACAAAUCGAAUCAUCGUCAUGCGCGUACACGUUCGCACAAUGCCAAUACCGAACCGUACCUUUAUCAGUUCGCUGAGCUAAAGCAGAAACAGAAGCAGACACGCGCCAGCUCAAUAUCUAGUGAGAAUUUCUGUUCGUCACGUUCAUCUAGUUGGCGCAAUGGCCCACCAUCGGCGGGCGCGCUGCCGCACACUUGUAACAUACCACUCAAGAUGAUGGAUCCGAAUCGGCGAAGACAUUCGGCGUGGCUGAUAACACGAAAAACAUCGCAAGACUCGAAUUUGUCGAGCUCACGCAAUGACAGCUCCGCUUCAGCCACAACGGCGAGUACGUCCACGUUCCGCUUGUCGCGUUCAAGUGCGGGCAGCACGACGCCGCUGCCGUCAAUCAUGGCGCACAGCAGCAAAUCACAGCAACAGCAACUGCAGCAACACGCGUCAAUGCCCGCCAAGCCACGCCUUGUGCGCCAAGAGGCCGUGCAAGAGGAGGAAGACUCAUCGCCACCGCGUCUGGGUGUGCGUUUUUUGCCGACCAUACCUUCAGCGGCUGAUAGUUCCAUUGUCAUGGAAGAUGGCGAUUCAGCCAUGAAUGUCGCCAGCGUCAUGGGUAUGCCACUGCCGGGCGCAGCAAGCGGCUUCUACACUGUGCUGCAGGCGCAGAGCGGCGGCGCCGCCAAAACACUGCUCACCACCGCGACGAGUCCACCCAAGGAGGCACAACCGCCAUGACACUGCUUCGUGUUCGGCAGCGGCGAUAAACACAAAUCGGUACCACCAAUAAUUGAUAACAAUGUUAAACGUUGUUGUUGUAUUAGUGAGGCAUUUCUUUGACGCUUUUAUUGCACCGUAGCUUUCCAGUACUCUCUUCGUGCUGCGUGUCGGGCUGUAUGUGCAUAACGCCGUUAUGCUUUGUUUCCAGUUUAAAGAGCUAAAAACUUGCAUAUUGCCUGCGGCGGCCAUGUAAUGCGUAUAGAGUAGUUACGAUUAUUUAUAAAUUAUUGUUUAAGUACAACAAUUACAAAAACAUGUAGGUAGUCAAUUUGUACAGUAGCCGUUAGAAAUGCGUGUUUGUAUGUUUGUACUUAUAUAGUUAGCCCUAAGCUGCUCAAAUGAUGACUCAGAUUUAUCGUUUGAAUUACACAAGUUGUUGGUAUGUAUGUAUAUAUGUAUGUAAUGCUGAGUGCUAAGCGCGACUUAUUUGACUAAGCUGCGCGACGUGUUUAGCUUUCUUCUGCGCACGUUAUCACGAAAUGUUCGCAUCAGAUUCCCCUUCCUCUCAUUUGUGUACUCAUAUUUAUAGUUAAAGUUGUUCUACAAAUAAACAAUUAUUUCCAACCUUUACUGGAUUUAUAUUGUGGUCCACAAUGUCAUAUUUAGUCACGUUAACGAGUGUGAGAAAAUCGAAAGCUUAUGAAAUMUUUUGUUAUUCUMUAACAUCSAUAUAUAUGUACGURUAUAUCGUCACUUAAAAUGCAAAAUAACGUAACA